AUGACUGUGGAGAACUGCACUGUGGUUACUGACUUCACAUUCCUAGGACUUUCUGACAGAAGAGAUGUGCAGCAGGGGCUCUUUGGGCUCUUCCUGCUGGUUUACAGCAUAACUGUGAUUGCCACUCUAGGGAUGGUCCUGCUGAUCAAGAUGGACCCCAGACUCCACACACCCAUGUACUAUUUCCUGAGCAAUCUGUCCUUCUGUGAUGUGUGCCAGUCCUCCACUAUGUCUCCCAAGAUGCUGGCUGAUUUCUUAUCUGAGCAAAAGAAGAUUCCAUUUGAUAUAUGUGUCAUUCAGAUGUAUUGUUUUGGAACCUUUGCAGAUGUGGAAUGUCUCCUGUUGGCUGUCAUGGCUUAUGACUGUUAUAUAGCCAUUUGUAAUCCACUCCUUUAUACAAUUUCCAUGUCCAAGAGAUUCUGUACCCAGCUAAUAUCCAUUGUCUACAUGGAAGGUUUGGUCGAUACGGCAAUCCAUGCAUGUUGUACAUUUCAACUGUCUUUCUGCAAUUCCAAUAUCAUCAAUCACUUUUUCUGUGACAUCCCACCCUUGCUAUCCCUCUCCUCCUCAGAUACAUCCAUCAAUGAGAUAAUGUUGUUCAUUUCCAGCAGUUGUGUCCUGGGUGUCAGCAUCACCACUGUGCUCCUCUCCUACAGCUACAUCAUCACUACCAUCCUCAUGAUGAACUCAGCUGAGGGGAGAUGCAAAGCCUUCUCUACAUGCGCCUCCCACUUAACUGCUGUGGCUGUAUUUCAUGGCACACUCCUGUUCAUGUAUUUCAGACCCACCUCCAGUUACUCCAUGGACACAGACAACAUAGCCUCUGUCUUCUACACAGCUGUCAUCCCCAUGUUAAACCCCCUGAUCUACAGCCUAAGGAAUAAGGAUGUGAAAAUUGCCCUAAGGAAAGUAAUCAGUACUCAAUUAUAUUCUCGGUGA